UUUGCGCGUGCGUGUGUGUGUGUUCGAGCGUUAUUUCGUCUUUACAGUUGUCGCCCGCGCGGGUCGCAGGAGUAGUGGCGUCUGUCAAAGGGCGGUAAUCCCGUUGCUGAUCAAUUCAAAGUUAAUAUCCCAUUCUAGUGCUAGCAACUCUUACCGUUCAGGCUUUGCGAUUAAAUAAGAAAUCAAUCUAAACACGUGAUAACAUAUCAGAUUGGAACCCAUUUCCUUUUGGAGUACGUUGUCAAAGUUCUAACCGGAGAUCUCAUCAUGUCAGCCCAAAAGGAAAAGGCGCCAAGCAAACUGUCCCAAAACUUCUUGCGUCAGUUCAGGGACAAGAAGACCAGGAAGUUCAAAGAGAUCAGUGCCGCAAAUUUUAUGGACGUCUGGAACCAUUACGACACUGAUGGCAAUGGUUACAUCGAGGGCUCUGAACUUGACCAGUUCCUGUAUGAGCUAGUGACCAGUGUCAAUACCCAGGAUGUCGGGCCAGAGGUGGUAUCGCAAGCUGCUCUGAAGGAAGCCAAGGCAUCGAUACUAAGUGCCUUUGACGAAAACAAAGAUGGGAAGAUCGAUAUCGCUGAACUGGCCCAGUUGCUUCCCAUGGAGGAGAACUUUCUCCUGUUGUUCCGCAGAGAGCAUCCUUUGGAAUCAAGCGUGGAAUUUAUGAAGACUUGGCGGAAGUACGACGAGGAUCACAGCGGAUACAUAGAAGCAGACGAACUCAAGCACUUCCUGAAAGACCUCCUGAAGUCAUUUGAGAAAAUCGUCACAGAGGAACAGCUCAUCACGUACGCUGACACGAUGCUCCAGCUUUUUGACAGAAACAAAGAUGGGAAACUUCAGCUAAGUGAGAUGGCUAAAUUGCUUCCAGUGAAAGAAAAUUUUCUACUCCGACCAAUUUUCAAGAUGCUCUUUGGGGACACUAAAUGGAAUCUUGGACCGAACGAAACUUAUAUUAUACGUAAACAUAUUAAGGGAGACAAACUAGCCAGAGGCGCCAAACAAUUGACUCCAGACGAUAUUAGCCGUGUCUUUAACCUAUAUGACAGGGACGGCAACAAGAGCAUUGAGGACGAAGAGUUACACGGCUUCCUCAAGGAUCUGAUGGAGCUGGUCCAGGAGGACUACGACGCUGACGACAUUGAAGAGUUCAAGGACAUCCUCCUCCGGGAGUGUGACCUCAACCACGACGGCCGCAUCGACAAGGACGAACUCUCCAUGGUCCUCAUCUCCUUCGCCAAAGCCUCACAGGGACCAGGAGAUGAGCCCGACGUCCCCGAAGACGCCUCCGAAGGCCAAGGGACUUCUGCGGCCUCUAAAGAAUGAAGCAUUUCAUCUCGCGAACAAAAAAAACAUCUUUUUAUCAAACAUGUCAAAAUAUUUUUGCUUGUAUUUUAAUUUUUUAUUUUUGGUCAAACCCCCACAUUUUUGUCUUAAGUCUAUCACGUAUGAAUUGUUUUGGUGUCCGAUAUAUGCCAUCUAGAAUAAGACUAAACGUUGUAUUGACCGAAGGCAUAAUAGACUAGAUCUAAAGCUGUGAUGGUAAAUCUUUAUUUCUGCCUGGCAUAACCUGUGAUGUUUUAAACCAUGUUCACAUCAUAAUAGCUUACUUUUGUAGAUGCUGGUCAUAAAAGAUGCUGAGAGAUAAAUAUAUUUUUUUUUACAUUUAAUAACUCUAAAAAUUACUGAUAAUUUUUUUUUUAUUUCAUAGCAAACAUUGUCAAGUUACAUAACUCAUUCGUAACUAAUUUAGUUGUAAAUUUCAUUGUUAUCUCCCGUAAAUUUUUUAUACUGUUUUGGUCUGGACUUUCAACAGCUGUCAAGAAAAGAUAAUCCUUUUUUUUUUUGGCUUCGCUAAUUAUUAUUGUCGUUUAUCUCUCUUAUUGUUAACUAGGUCACAUUAUCUUGCUCUUAAACUGACGUAAAUACUUUUCAAUGUUCAAUGUUCAUGGUUGCGAGUGUAGAUUGAUAUCAUUUUAUAUUGUGAUUAUCUACUUCUUAGAACAUAGAAAGUGCAAGAAACAAUUACAUGAAUUAGAUUUUUAAAUUACUUAAGAGUGAGUUGUAGACACGAUCUGAUAUAUCCAUGGCUGAGAGAGAGAGAGAGAGAGAGAGAAAGAGAGAGAGAGAGGAACAUCUUAAUUAUUAUUAUAUAUUUUAGAAUGAUUUUAUUUUAUAUUUCAUAUAGAAACAUUUUAGCAACUUGAUUUAUUAAAAUAGCAUUUAAAAACAAGAUUAUAUUUUUUUGGUUUUCAAAAAGAGGUUUUAUUUGGGACAAACAAGUCAAUACAAUUAUAUGUCUGUUCACACCAAUUUUCGCUCAAACUACGACCUGUGGGCCACAUAUAGCAAUGUUCUAUCCAACCCCUUGAUACUUGUGCCCAGGGUGCGUAAUAGUGCUGUAGAUAUUUGGUUCCACUGGAUUCUUGGAUUGUUCUCGAGGACGAGUCCGGUAACACAUAAAAUGUAUUUGACGUCCAUACCAAAAAGGUUGGUGCACUACUCCUACACGCUUCGGGCUUAAGACCUACCUUUAGUUAUUCAUUGUUACGUUCAUAGAACUUUUAUAAAGGCAAGAAGGUAUAGGCCCUUACUCGUGGUUGUGUGUUGGACUAGAGUGUGCGUGUCUUGUACUGUGUGUCUCUUACAGGACGUGUAUCUUGUACUGCUUGUAUUGACUCUCAGUUAGAAAGCGUGUGUCUUGUAUUGUGUGUCUGCGAGAUUGCGUAUGUGUCUUGUACUGUGUGUGUCUGUAGAGUACAUGUGUGUACUGUUUUACUUUGUGUGUCUGCUAGAGUGCGUGAGUGUCUUGUACUGUGUGUGUCUGCUAGAGUGCAUGUUUGUCUUGUACUGUGUGUGUCUGCUAGAGUGCAUGUUUGUCUUGUACUUUGUGUGUCUGCUAGAGUGCGUGUGUCGUGUCCUGUAUCACAUUUUUUUCCCCUUUGCCUGCACCUUUAAUUCAAAUACUCAAAGUAAAUAUUUUUUGUCUGGAUUUAGAAUUUUACUUCUUGGUGUCUAUCCAUACCUAUCCAUAACUAUCCAUACCUAUCCAUACCUAUCCAUAACUAUCCAUACCUAUCCAUACCUAUCCAUAUCUAUCCAUAACUAUCCAUAGCUAUCCAUACCUAUCCAUGUCCCAAUACUUUUAAUCAUUGACCCCGUUAUCUUAAUCUUGAUAUUACAUAACUCGCUAAUAAUAAUAAUUCAUUUUCAUUACUAUUUUUAUUAGUAUGACUUGAACGUAAAUUUGUGUGCAUAAUUAUAGGCCUACAUUUCAGUUUGCUAGUAAGCAUAAUAAUUCAUAGGCCUGAAAGAUCUUAUAUCGCUAUUAUUUUCAGCUUGACGCAACAUUAUAUAGAUACUAUAACAACGGCUUUGUUUGGUUGGUUAUAGAAAAAUAUGUAGGUCGCAGAUAGUUCUAAAAGACAUAUGAGAUAGUACAUUCCCUUUUUAAUCUUCAAACUUCAUAACACGCUCUUCUAUUCUGUACUGUUUGUCCACAUUGUAACAUUCUAUCGAGAGACUUAAAGUAAGGGGAGUUGUACAUUAUAUAUCCAGUAGCAGCAUGUUUGAAUAAAAUGUUUUUCAGCCCGAAAGAAAAUAAUUUAAAACUAUUAUAUAUAUAUAUAUAUUAUAUAUGAAUAUUGAUACAUCAGUAACAAUUAUAAGCACAUAUAAAAUGCAUUGCGAUAAUUUAUUUCUCUUUAUAAAAAAACGUGUCAAAGUUAUUUACAAUGCGUUGCGUUGAAAUUAUAUUUUAAAAAAUCUUUUCAAUUUAACAUUAAACAAAAAUCUGGCUUAGAUGCCAACUGUAAGUUUAUAAACUCGUAUGAAAAAAAUAAACCCAACGAUAUACAGUAGCUGUAUCUUAAACUCAUCACUACAGUCGCAUAACCCCCUCUAUCUUUAGUCAAAUUUACUUUCUAAACUCUAAUUUCAUUGUAUAUAUUCAAAGCUUUCAUUUUCCAGAAUUCAUUUUUCAAAGCUUCCAUUCAAGCAUUGCUUUUUAUACGGCUGCCAACUUCUACAUUUUUUUUUUGUUUGGUUCGUCAAGUUACGUAAAUACGUUUAUUUGGAUUUGGCUUGUUUUGACUGAACUCUAACCUCGCACAGGGUUAUAGGUCAAACAAGUUUCUUGCACGCAUACAUGUCACAUUUCGUUCCGACAUUUGUUUUUUUCUUUUAUAGUCAUUUUUGUCCUUAAAACAUGUGCACUUAACUCUUCAGUCUAUCCCAUCAAUUCGUAAACCUUUUUAAUUGUUAUCUACCUUUUUUAAAAAAUUAAUUUAUUGUAGCUUUAAAAAUACAAACAUAUUAAACAUUUAAUCAAAAGUU